GUAAUACAAAAUACAACUCUUUGGUAUGGGUUGGUAAGACUUGCUAUUUUGUAAUUUUGCCAAGUGUGAAAUGGGUACGCCAAAGUUCGGUCGAUUGUGUAUUGUAAAAAGUAAUUAUUUGGGAAAGAUAAUAAAUUUAAACAAGAAACAUAAAAAGGUGAAGCCCUUGGUCUGAUAUCUAUCAAAGGUUCGGUGAUUUUUGGAUUCUAAUUAGCGAUAGAUAAUUUUUAUCUGCUCUCAGCUGUCCACUUUUGGGUGACAUUAGAGCACACAUUUUACACGUGAACUUCUGGUUGGGCCUGUGCCAAUUUUACAUUGUAAUUUAUCAUAAUAAUUUAGCAGGAUGGAAUCCUGGGAUGAUGAAGAUUUUGAACCACCGACGGUAACCUCGUCGCUAGUAAAAUCUAACAAAUGGGAGGGUGAAGACGAAGAUGAGGAUGUAAAGGAAAGUUGGGAGGAUGAAGAUGAUGAAAAGAAAGAAGAGGACGAAGAUAAGAAAGUAACAGAUGCUAAAAAAAGCAAAAAGAAAAAUUUAGCAGAGAAGAUAGCAGAAAAAGAAAGACUAAAACAAGAGGAAUUGGAACGACGGCUUAAAGAACAACAGGAAUUGUCUCCAGAGGAAAAACUACGAAUGCAAAAAGAGUCGGAUUUAAAGCUGGCUUUAGAAACGACUUUCGGUGAAAAGGAAGACGAAGAAAUAGGUGGCUUAAAAUUACCUUCAACCAAGGAAGAAUUUGAGGAAUUUACGAAUGUUCUUUCUAAAAAAUUGUCACCAUUAUCAAAACAUCCUACCGAAUUCGUAAAUUUCACUGAAGAACUAGCACGAAAUUUAUGUGCUUCAAUGAAUUCGGCGGAUAUUAAGAAAAUAAAAAAUACUCUAGAUAAUUUAUAUUUAGAAAAACAGAAAAUUGAGAAGGGUGAUAAGAAUAAGAAAACUAAAGGAAAAGGCAAAGCAAAAUUAAAACUGGAAGGAGAUAAAGAUAAUCUCUCUGCUUAUGUCAAUGAUUACACUGAGUUUGACGUAGAUUAUGAUGAUUUUAUGUAGCAGUAAUACGUUUUUAUAGUUUAAUUUUUGUUAUAUAUUUUAUGCUUUUUUCUUAACAGGUUUUUAGUUAACUACUUUGAAAUUCAACUGUUAAAAAUAUCAGAUAUUUUUUUAUAAAAUAAUAUUUUAUAACUAUAGAAUUAAAAAAAAAUCUAUUCUAGGGCUCAUGCCUUGGUAAAAAAAUAGUUAAUUUAUAUAGAUAUAUGAAUUGGAAGAUUUUUAGUUUUCUUUAUGUAUUAAUAAGAAAAGUAUAUAUUAAGGGUAUUUUUUUUCUUUCCAUCUGUAUUAUAUUAAAUUAUAAAUAAAUUAGUACAGCUAAGAAAAA